AAAAAAUUGUGUGACGUUUUAACUUCAUCCAAACAAUGAAUGUGGGAGAAAUACCGUGUUCGAAAUUGGUACCAGACAGACAGACAGACAGAGUUGAUACACGAUUUGUAAAACAGAGACGGUAAAGCUCUAUGUGACACAGUAAUCUCUCUCAGUUUUUCUAGUUGACGAUGUCACUCACUACACUCAGCUCUAAACUCAAACGGAGAUAAUGUGGCGAGUGGUCAUGUUCAACCUGGCUCUCUUCCUUGUCUUCGUGCUGACCUGCUUCAAGACACUGGCCAGGGCUCAAAACAAAACGUUUCACAUUGGAGUCAUGGUCCCGCUGACCGGUUCCAACGUCUUCGGUCAAGAGAUUGUGGCCAGCGCUUAUCUGGCCGUUCAGAAGGUCAACUCUGACCCACAGCUGAAGUUUCUCCAAGACAAUGGUUACAACUUCAGCUUGACCAUCAAAGAUACUGGCUGUGAUGUUGGAUUGGCAUUGAUGGAUGUCGUGGAUCUAUACAAAGGGACACCACCGGUGGACAGUAUUAUAGGGCCUUACUGUGAUGAAGUGUGCGAAACAACUGGUCUGCUGAUUGGCAGGUUCGCACUACCGAUGAUCAGUUAUGGGUGCGAAGAAAGCAGCAUGUUGGACAAGCAAAAGUACCCGACAUUUCUCAGGACGUCUGUAAGCUUCAAGUCGAUGGCUGGUUUUCUUCAAGACGUCAUGAGUCACUUUGGUUGGACUCAUAUUGUCUUUGUCACCUUCAAUUCACGGGUAUGGCUGGAGACAGAGGCGGAGAUCCUGGCCGAGUUGUCUGACAGUGCUCUAGUGACACAGACUUUAAAUAUUGACUCAUCCGAUUGGCAGAACCUGACGUCACAGCUACAAAAAGUUGGCGCUAAUCAAUAUAUUUUUCUUCUCCUGAUGGACGGAAGUGACGUAUUACAGCUAAUGAAAGCAGCCAAUGAACUGAAACUAAUGGAUGGUGAACACGUGUUUGUAUCUGUGGAUUAUUCCAAUCUGGGCAAGAGAGUACGGAACGCUCUUAGCGAUGUUUAUGUAACAGGUCUGAUGGACAUCACACUGGACACGACACCUGAAAGCCAAGUCUACAAGCAGUUUGUCCAACAAAUUAUCAUCAACUCGACUGUCGCCGGAAGCAGCGAUGGAUGUUAUCACUAUGAGCUUGCUACACAGCCAGGGCUGCUUCAUGACGGUAUACUUCAUUAUGCCAACGCUGUCAAUCGCUGCUUCUUAGACGGAUCAGACCCAAGAGAGGGUGACAGGAUUGUAUCUCACCUGUAUGACGCCACUGUUGAAGGUGUCACAGGCAAGGUCCACAUUCAAUUCGAUGGUAGCAGAGAGGGUCACUUCAUGGUCAGCAACUUACAGAACGGUUGCUACGUGCCUGUAGCUAGAAGUACCGACAACUGUACCCAAGAAACUAACGGACUCAACAACGUGAAAUGCCUGGUCACUCAAUUAAGUGGAAUUAAUACAAAAAGCCGAGCUUUUGUGUAUCUCAACAACACCAUCAUCUGGCCAGGAGGUAGCAACUCGACCCCAAUAGGUAGACCCAGCUGUGGCUGGGACAACAGCUAUUGUCAAGAAAGCUCUCCCGUGGUACUCGCCAGUUUGUCCACUAUUGGGGCAGUUCUGCUCGUGUCUAUACUUUGUGGACUUAUAAUCUGGAGAGUAAGGUUGAACAGACUAGAGUCAAGCCUGAGCUGGGUCAUUCAUAUUGAUGAUCUGAGAUUGAAAGAGAAAGGAUUGGCCCGGUCAACGACCUAUUUAGACAAUACGAACUCUUCCAAUAUGUCGGGAUCCUCCGGGUCUUUGGCCUCCAUUUUCACCGAGUCUUCUUAUGGCCAAGUGUUUGCUGAGCAGUAUAUCUACAAAAACGAAGAAGUGGCCUCUAAAAAGGUCAUCUUGAAAGGCAAACAGUCAUUCAUCAUAACCAAAGAAAUAUCUAAGGAUGUCAAUCAUGUGAUUGAAUUGACUCACGCCAACAUUUGCAAGUUUUACGGUAUCUGUGUCGACGCAGGAAGUGAGAUGUCCAUAUGGGAAUAUUGCAGGAAAGGAAGUCUUCAAGAUGUCAUCCAUAACGACAAGAAAUAUCUGGACGACAUGCCGUUCAAAAUCUCAUUCAUGAAUGAUAUCUGCAAGGGGUUGAGAUAUCUCCACCAUUCUCAUCUGGGUCGUCACGGACGGCUGAAGGCUUCCAAUGUCUUGGUGGACAAUAGGUGGACUUGUAAACUGACCCACGUGAUGAUCCCAAGUCUCGCUAGCGUGGAAGUAACUGAUGGCGAUUUUACUAAUCACGAAGGUCAUCUUUCAACGGCACCAGAAGUACUACGUAAUCCAGAUUUGGCGAUUCCCGGGACCAAAGCUGCUGAUGUUUAUUCUUUUGGGAUUAUUUUAUUGGAGAUAUUUACAGUCAGCGAGGUUCACGAAUCCUUCAAUGCUGCCUUCGCCCAGGAGCAAGCCGUGGAGAAGUACAAGACGAUAGUAAAGAAGCGUCACAACCAUCACUCUCAGCACAGCCAUCACCCCAUGGGGCACCACCACCACCACCAUUCCAGCUUCCUCCACCACAGCCACCAUGGCCACCACCACAGUCACCACAGCCACGGCAGCAGCGUGCACCACCACGGAGGACUGGGUGGCCACCACAAAAGGAGCAGUCAGUACAUGUCGAUUGGCUUUUUCGCCAGCCACAGCGAGGCAACAGACAGCAAGCUGAACAUGGAUGAGACCAUCGACGCUAAAGAAAUCAUCGAGAGACUCAAAAAAGGCGGCAACUUCCCCUUCCGUCCACUAAUUCCCGAGUACGUGGACCGGAAGACUAGGAAUAUGAUCACGGCGUGCUGGCACGAGCUGGCGGAUGUACGGCCUUCGAUAGACCAUAUAGCAUCCCUGGUCAGAAACAUUAGCCAGCAAUUUAGUGGUAAAAACAAAAGUCUGAUGGAGCAGAUGCUGGACAAAGUGACCAGGGAAGCGGACAUGCAGGCCCAGGAGCUACAAGAGGAGAAGAACAAAUCAGACUUGUUGCUCUAUCAAAUGCUUCCAGCGACUGUGGCUGACUGUUUGAAAAGACAGAUUGAAGUGAAGCCAGAGACAUUUCAGUCUGCGACUGUCUACUUUAGCGACAUACAGGGUUUCACUGAACUGUCCUCUGUCAGUGAACCUAUCGAAAUUGUGAAUUUUCUGAAUGAUGUUUACUACAAAUUUGACAAUAUUCUUGAUAAAUACAAUGUUUAUAAGGUGGAGACUAUAGGAGACGCCUAUGUAGUAUGCAGUGGCGUGCCAGUCCGAGUAGAGAAACAUGCUACAGAGAUAGGCAAGAUGGCCCUUCAUAUACUGAUGAGUUCCGCUGAGCUGAAGGUCCACCACAGACCAGCUCAUACUUUUCACAUGAGGAUAGGUCUACAUAGUGGCCCUGUGGCUGCGGGGGUGGUAGGCCGGACGAUGCCCAGAUAUUGCCUGUUCGGUGACACAGUCAACACAGCUAGUAGGAUGGAGUCUACUGGUGUCCCUGGUAAAAUACAAAUUAGUGAGCAGUGCAAAAGUCUCCUGGACGCAGACGGAGGUUUUUAUUAUGAACCAAGAACACCAUUCCAUGUGAAGGGUAAAGGGGUGCUGCAGACUUAUUUCUUAAAAGGCAAAGAGGGCUUUACUCCUGAUGACAACGGUUACCAAGACAACCGCAGCAACGAAAAAGCACAAGCCCAAAAUGAAGAAAAGAUAGUGAAGAACGGGUUGAGUGAACAAACUUUCGAGGUCGAGACAUCGCCGUCGAGGGUCAACAAAGAGUCCGAGUCGACGAAAAUAUCCAUCAUUAGUUCUAACAUGGACGAUGGUAUGCCUGGCAUUCACAUCGCGUGAUCACGUCUGCUGUCUUUUCACGUCUGCCGGCUAACUUAAAUUGAUACAUAUGUGUAAUGCUUAAAAGUGAUAAAAGAUUUAAACAGUUUUUUUUUUUUGGUUGGAUGUGAAAUCAUAUUUGUGGAUAAGAUCAUUUUAUUGGUCCAAUCCAAUGGGAAUUCAGUUUGACUACAAUUGACCCCCUCAUUUCUUAGAAAUUCAAAGACAUUUAUUAUUAUAACACACGGAAGUUCAUAGGAAAAGGUAGAACUCUAAACAAAAACAACUUUGUUUUCCGAUCUUUAAAUUACACAAGAAAUAUAUCUCUGACUUAUAAAACUCUAUAAAAGUUUGUACAUAUUUUUUUAGUAUCUAAAUAUCUCUGACUUAU